AAGUCUCCGCCUCUAUGCUAUUUUUCUGUUAAAGACAGCAAAAUAAGCCUCAGUUCAGUUUUACAGUUUUCUGUUAAAUAGGAGAAGUGGGUGUCUGACUCUGGUGUUGCAUUCUAAAUGGGAAACUGGGGUAUUAUUGUUGUAUCUCUUCUUCUCUGUUCUCCUCUGUUUCAUGGAGAAAUAGCAGUAGCUGCAAAAGCCAAGGAAGGAUCAGAAGAAUGGGGAUACGUUGAAGUCAGACCCAAAGCCCAUAUGUUCUGGUGGCUUUAUAAAAGUCCAUACAGAGUUGAGAAUUCCACAAAGCCAUGGCCUAUCAUUCUUUGGCUGCAGGGUGGACCUGGUGCUUCAGGAGUUGGGAUAGGGAAUUUUGAAGAGGUUGGGCCUCUAGACACUGAUUUGAAGGCACGGAAUUCGACAUGGUUGCGAAAAGCUGAUCUUCUAUUUGUGGAUAAUCCAGUUGGAACCGGAUAUAGUUUUGUUGAGGAUGAAAAACUGUUUGUGACAACCGAUGAGGAAGCAGGAAAUGAUUUAACAACAUUGUUGGAGGAGUUAUUCAAUAAGAAUGAGAACCUACAAAAGAGUCCCCUGUACAUUGUAGCAGAGUCUUAUGGUGGUAAAUUUGCUGUCACUCUUGCACUGGCAGCCGUGAAAGCCAUAGAAGCUGGGAAAUUGAAGCUUAAACUGGGAGGAGUGGCAUUAGGGGACAGCUGGAUCUCCCCAGAAGAUUAUGUGUUAUCAUGGGGUCCUCUUCUCAAAGAUGUCUCGAGAAUUGAUAACAAUGGGCUUCAGGCAUCAAACAGUGUCGCUCAAAAAAUUAAGAAACAAAUUCAGGAAGGUCAAUAUGUUGAGGCAACCGAUUCGUGGUCAGAACUUGAGUCAGUGAUUGCCAGAUUUAGUAAUAAUGUGGACUUCUACAAUUUUCUACAGGAUUCUGGAAGUGACUCGAUAUCCAUAACAGCCAUGGAAUCAUCAAAAGCGAUUUCAGGAAGAAGAUAUUCAGGAUAUUUGAGUUCCUUGAGGUCUUCUCUUGCUGCUACUGGUGGUUUGGAUGAUAUUAUGAAUGGUGUCAUUAAAAAAAAGCUCAAGAUUCCGGAAAAUGUGACGUGGGGAGGACAGUCAGAUUCUGUUUUUACAAAGCUUUCAGGGGAUUUCAUGAAACCAGUGAUUAGUGGGGUCGAUGAGCUCCUUGCUAAAGGAAUAAAUGUGACUGUAUACAAUGGACAAGUAAGAUCACUCAGAUUGAUCUUAUUUGUGCAACGAAGGGGACACAAGCAUGGGUUGAGAAGCUCAAGUGGGAAGGGCUACAAAAUUUCUUGUGCACCGACAGAACCCCUCUCUAUUGUGGGAGUAAUAGAGGAAGUACCAAAGGGUUCAGGAAGUCAUACAAAAACUUUCACUUUUAUUGGAUUCUUGGAGCAGGCCACUUUGUACCGGUGAAUCAGCCUUGCGUUACGUUAAACAUGAUAGGUGCCUUCACACAGUCACCAGCGGUUUCUACGUAGAAAGAAAAUAAAUAAAAAAAGCCAUUCAAAAAAGUUACAAAUAAUCAAACCAAAAAAGAAGGUUGGUCAGAUCAGAUGGAAGCAAUCAUAGAGAGUUGAACAAGCAAACAAUCAAAGUAAAGACAAGAGAGUGGGAGGAACAAUGACGAGAUGACGAGAUUUGCAGAUGGUGGAAAUAAAUCAAAUGCUGUCUUAUUUAUCAAUUUACCAUUCAUUAUCUUUAGCAAAAAUAAAAAUAAAAAA